ACUAAGACGGCGAAAUCACAAAAGAAAAAACGAAAUAGAUGUAAAAAUCACUUAUUUUAAUAAAAGGGAAAUAGAAAUACUAGUUAGAGGGGUGAUUUUGGGUCAAAAAUUGACCCUAAAUCACCUCUCUUUGAUAGAUGAAGGAGAAAAAACUAGGAUUCUCAUGACGGCUCGAAAAGAGAGAAGGAGAAGAGAGAGGCGGAAAAAAAAAGGUACAAUCAUCGAAUCAUAUAACAUGUAUAUUGGAUGAAGUAUUUAAUAUAGAUUUUUUUCAAAAUAAAAAGUUUAAUAAAUUACAUGCCAUGGAUUUUUUUCAAAAUAAAAAAGUUUAAUAAAUUACAUGACUCCCCUAGUUGAUAGCCGUCCAUGUAUAAUUUUAUAUGAGAGAUCUCAAUAGUGUCAUGCCAUGACAAAGGGCUGUAACUUUCAAGUUAUCGUUUUAUCCAAUGCCUCUGCCGAAUUUGAUGUGAACCAAACCCUUCUAUUUGUCUUAUCUUCCAUUUUGAACUAAAUUCCGUUCUCCUUGAAUUUUAUGUUGUCCUUUAUGCCAUUCAUUUGAAAUGGAUCCAGAUCCACUGUAGUUAAAAAAGCAGGUACUUACACACAUUAAAUAAUCUCGACCAUUAAUUUGAGAUUGGUCGGUUUACUUUUCACUGACACCAAAUCAUCGUUAAAUCAUAUUCACCAUCGACUCUAGAUCGGACGGCCAGGACCAAUAAGUGUAGUUACAACUUCUAAUCCAAAUACAUAUGAUAAGCACUAUGAUUUCAAGCAAAUAUUAUCGAUGAAAUACAAACACUCCUCAAAUUAUACAUGUCUUGUGUCAGACACGUGUCGUGUCCGACACCGACACGACACUGACACAUAAGUUUACUGAAAUAUGUGAUUUUUUCAAAUUAUUAGUAAUGUUGACGUGUCAAUAUCCGCGUCGUGUCUGAUAUCCGUGUCUGUAUCUAUGCUUUAUUGAAUACUACUCAAUAAUUCGUUUAUAAAUUGAUCUACAUCUCCAAACAAUGUGUUACAUUUUUCUUUAUAAUUUUUAUCUCUCACUAGUUAUCAUAGAAAGCUUCAAAGGGAGAAAUAAAUGGCAGAUUGGGCUCCAAUUGUUAUAGGCUUGAUCUUGUUUGUGUUAUUUUCACCUGGAUUACUAUUUCAGCUACCUGGCAAAGGCAGGGUGGUGGAAUUUGUAAAUUUCCAAACAAGUGCCAUUUCCAUUUUUGUUCAUUCCCUUCUCUUCUUUGGCUUUAUGGUUAUCUUUCUUGUUGCCAUUAAUGUUCAUAUCAAUAGUGGUUAAGUGAUCAUCCACCUAUGGUUUUGAUUUGAGGUCUCUAAGACGAUAUAUAAAAGAUUUUGAGGUCUCUGGAACAAUAUAAUAACCUCAAUUUCGACUAUAUCAAUCACGUUUUUCUGCAAUAUAAAAGUUCGCAGC